AUGCGAGACGGGUCUAAACCAAAGCCUAGUGGCUCCGCGACUGCCCAGGGUUUUGAUGAUGAAGGAACUUCAGCACCAGAGGAGACCAACGACGAAGAGUUGGCGUCAUUGAAGAAUAUCCUGCGGUUUCCUGAGGAGGUGGCCCUCAGGCUGACAGACACGGAGUAUCAGCUUUUCUAUCAGGUGCCUCCAAUCGACUACCUUCGCCAAGUGACCCUGGAUCUUGGUGGAGAAGGUGUACUUGGCGCCGUGAAUGAACGUCAUAUGAUCAGACGGACACCACCAUCACAUAGUGCAUCCAAGAGUUCUGUCAGAGCCCUCAUCAGGAGAUUUAACGCGGUGUCCGGGUGGGUCACAGAGCUGGUGCUAUCCCAUUCAUCGCUGGAGGACAGGAAAGCGGCCCUCGCUUGCGUCCUCCGAGUUGCCCUGACCUGUUGGAACAUCGGAAACUUUAACGGAGCCAUGGAGAUCGUCGCGGGGUUGAAUAGAUCGGCAAACGAGCAGACGGAUUACCUGAUGGUAAGCAAUCGGCGCCGCUCAUGGACACCCGCAACACCAAAGGAGUUCGAGUGCGUUGCCGGCCUUUUGGGGGUAGGGGUUGCGGAUAUAAGGAUCGGAAAGGGAUUGGAGAAGGGGUGGUACGGAGUUCGCCGUAAGCGUAGCUCGCCGUCCGACCAGAACCAGACCCGAGCGUACGGCGCGAAUCGUUCCGCGCGCGCCUCAAAAAAACAGGAAACCACCACAGACGGCGCACCCUAUAAGGCUGAAAUGUUCAGCCAGGGUUGCGGGGUAAGCGCAAUGAGUCACCGCGGCCUCGGUCCAGAGCAGGAGAAGGAGCGGGGGGUUUUUAGUCAGUCGGCAAACGAGCAGACGGAUUACCUGAUGGCCGAGGCCGCGGGGACUCAUUAUGCUUCUCCAACAACACCGGCUGAACAUCAGCCGUAUAGUGCCCCGUCUGUGGUGGUCUAUUGGGUCUUUGAGGCGUGCGCGGAACGCUACGCGCCGUCACACAAGCUAAAAUCAUUCUGGUUCAGUAUAUCCGAUGAGUCGCUCCCAGCUCUGGACUUCUUAUCAGCAGCUCUACUCUCGGCCGAGUAUGAAAGGGCGCUGGGCAGAGCACUCGCCAUGCCUGAAUGUCGAUUAAUACCUUUUUUCGGAGCCUUUUUAAGGGAACUCAGAGAAAUCCUCGCAGCAUCACCGUCUCUGACUGGGAGUCACUCAGUAGGAGGGACCCCGACACACAGGAGAGAGUUCAAACGAGAUUCUAUGAAAGAUGACAGAGGGUCGUUGAAAAGAGACACGAGAAGAGAGAGUGGGAAACGAAUGGACCAAAGCACAACAACAAGUCCUCUGAGGGACAGUUGCAAAAGAGACUCCAGAUUAACAGACUCAAAUAAACAAGUGUACAUAGCCUCAUUCGACGAGGAAGGGGAACAGACUCCAGGUUGGCGUCGUGUAGGACCUGAAGGUCUGGUCAAUUUGGAGAAGGUCUACCGCACUCAGGCAGUGAUGGACCACAUAGCCAGCUUUCACCAGCAUCACUACGCGUUAGCAAGGAGCAACGCGCCCAUUUUUGGGGAUUUUCUGAGAGCAGCAAUGUUAACGUGUGAGGAGCCCGUCUUCUCUCAUUCCACCUCGAAAACGAACGGGGACUUUGAGAACGAAGCCCUUUACGAGCUCGAAGGCACGGGGUACUGUCCCGUACAACCAUUACCCCACGACCAUGGAGUCACAAUGUUUCCAUUGGCACCACAAAACGGAGAACGAAUGGACAGACAUAUUUUACAGAUAAUGCAUCACGGGACGGCGUGCGUGGUGACUGAAGCGGAGUGGGGAGGCACCCUCGCUCAGCUGAGACUAGAACGCGCUUGCGCACUGCUCGCCUGGUGCAGAACGGCGCAUCAACCAAACGCUUUACAUGGAGAAACCCCGUCUGAAAACAUGACACAGCCUGAAGUGAGCCUAUCAUACAAUCCUGAAGAAGUUAUCCCUCUGAAAUACACAGCGAAUUUAGCUCAUGAAAAUGAAGCUGGAGUUGUGGGCGAAGAGGGAUUUAUUGAUCUCCAGUGCGUAAAAGAUAUGAGACUCGGUGGCAAACUUCUGGAACCUCGAGAUGUGGCUGAACUGACCGCGUGUGCUAGAAGACAUGGCUUGGAAACCUGUUCACAUGGUCCUCACAUCAUCUCUCUGGUCUACGGGAGAACUUUGAGCGACAAUAGAACUGUUCAUUUUGUUCUUCCGGCGUAUUCUUAUAGAGUAUGGGCUGUAGGCCUCCACUCUGUGAUCAGAGCGCUUAUGAGCCAAGCAAAAUUAGCUGACAGAAGCUUAGCAUGGCUGAAGAAUAAAUAUACCGCCUUAUAUUAUGAAGAUGGAUGCUGCUGUGAGCCAUUGGUUUCUGACGCUAUUCGGGUCUUUGGAGGAAGAGAAUCUACGUGUGGUAGCUCAUCACACUCCACACCAGUCAAAGGCACCUACACUGACUCUCAUUCAGACUCACUCAGAGGAUCCGGGAUCAAGUUUAAGAAAAACAAAUCAACAUCGGAAUUGAAAACUAGUUCGCCAAAGAGUUUCGUUUCCACACAUACCUCGGGGACGAGAAGUGAGGAUGAGGUCAUUCAAGGAUCCCCUAGACACAGUUCCUAUUCAUCAUCGAUGAGUCACCACCAUUCCUAUGGACCUCGACACAGCAGUUUGACAGCCGCUGCUACUAGUAUCAUGGCUGGAUCUCCAAACAGAAGCAGUUUAAGAAGACUGGAGACCAGCGAAAGAUUUUGGGAAAACCUAAAACAUUUGAGAACUGGUUCUGUUGGAUAUGACACACAACUUGAUUUCAUGGACUUCGUUACGCUUUUCAGGAGUUUCAGUUUGGUAAUGCGAUCGGAGCUUCGCGACAUUUUCGACCAAUUAGCCGUCCCGAGGAAUCGAUCACCAUUAUUCGGAGCCGAGAAGAGCCGAAGUUCCCCCGAAUUAUUCCGAAGUCGAGGCAUCUUUAGGACAGGCCUCUUAACAAGAAAUGGAUCAUUAGAUUUAGAACCACCCAGCGACAAAGUGGGUAGGAAGAAGGCAUUCGACCUGCUUGCUGCGGCCGCGUUACCGGGCGCCUGUCCAGAUGUCAGCGGACGAGUUCUGUCCUUGCCUACCCUGGGCAAAUUCUGCGAGACGAGACAAAAUGAGAUCAAGACUGAACAGCAAUUAAGAGAUAUUAUACAGCGACAUGAACCAGACCCUGGACUACGGGCUGACAAUUGCAUGUCAUUUGAAGGAUUUGUCAGAUUUCUGACUGACAAAGACAACUACGCCUUCGUGCCGGAACAGAUGAGAGCUAAUUUCUUAGCAAAAUCGUCAACAUCUUCGGAAGAGGAGGAGGUACACAAAUCUAUAUCAAAAGAUAUGACGGGGCCACUGUCUCAGUACUACAUAGCCAGUAGCCACAAUACCUACCUUACCGGACACCAGCUAAAAGGGGAGUCAUCCGUCGAAUUGUAUAGCCAGCCGGAAGACGUCUGUGGGACUGUGGAUGAUAAUGAUGAAGAACCGAUGUCGUCGGUCCACCUAGCGGGAGGUCAGCUCACGCUACGUUUUCCGGCCCACAGUCGCCACUUUUCUUUUUCUGACCUAUCGGCCAUCUGUCCUUCGAGCCAUGUAGUCUAA